AGUGCAUAACAGCGUUGUUUAUUUUUAACGUAAAUAAUGAUUUACAAACAAAACAGACUCGUUUCUAGUUUCAAAAAUGAUUGUGUUUUGACAAAAAUAUCAUGAUAAAUGUUAAAUAGAUUCUUAAAGCACAGUUAACAUUGAAAUGGAUAAGAAGAACGCCAUUCGAAGGGGCAAGCGGCCUUCCAAAGUUUUGGAGGAGAAUUAUUGGGAUUGCAGUGUUUGUACAUAUAGAAAUAAUGCUGAAGCAUUCAAAUGUUCUAUGUGUGAUGUCAGAAAAGGAACAUCAACGCGGAAACCUCGCAUUAACCCAGCACUCGCCGCAGCCCAGGCGGCUGGCACAGCGCCCACAAGUUCACAGAAAAGGCCACGAUCGGCCAACUCCCUCAAAAAGAAGAGGAGGCCUCCCAGACUGAACAAUGUUGACAGGAGUUCGGCACAGACCAGAGAGGUAACCGUUAGUGGCGUCACAGUAGUUAUAACAGAAUACAAACCGAAGAAGUCUGUAUCCAGUAGUUCCAGCGACGUGGAGUCUUCCAACGACGCAAGGCCUUGAUCUUUACUUCCUCAUGUGUUAUACGGUCCUAGUACUUUAGUGAAACUUACUUUGAGGGUAGUUUACGUUUUUGUUUUUUUUUUUUAUAAAUUUCCAUUUGUGUAUUCAGAAUGAAAGGAGCUUUUCAAGUCGACGCUGUUACAUAUAAUUUGUUCCAUUUGGUUAAAAUAUUCAGUUACCUUAUCCCAAAAUGUACACAGGCAUCUCAAAAUGAACCCACUAACUACAUUCAGGGAUUGGGUUAGGCUUUUAGGCACUUAGGUACAAAAUGGUAUAUUGUAUUCAUUUCAAAGUACCAAAUCAAGCAUCUAAAACAGUUAUCAGAGAAUACACAAACAUGGUUUCGCUCAAAUAUAUUGGAUCAACCUAAUUAUUUUACGGUAAUUCUAUAUCUGAUGGAGGUUGAUAUGCAUUUGAAAAAAAAUAAAAUUUAAAACGACAGAAAAAGCUACACUCGUAGCUGACAACCUUUUAAAAUGUUAUAUUUUCCCGUGAUCAGACACAAGGAAAGAUAAAUUUGAAAUCAUACUGUAUAAUAUAUUCGUAGCUUUAAUGAUUAAACCUGAAAUUUAGCAAUUACAAUUAAAAUCAAUUGAUCUAUAUAUUUUUAUACAGUCAAAUUAUUUCACUACACUACAUUGAGAAGCUUCUUAGGAACAAAAAUCCCGUCAAAUAUACUAUUCUAGCAGAAUAUUUUUCUCUCUUGCAAGAGAUAAUUUUAUUUAAAUUAAUUUAUAUUUUACAAUAUGACUAUGUUCUAAGUGAUGUAUGUACUGAGUUAUUUAAUAUUUAGUUAAGUUAUUAUCGUAGCUUUAAUUUAUUAACAUUCGUAAGCAUUAUUUGUAUAGGUGUUAUUUUACUAUAAUAAUCGCAUACUGUAAGCACACAUUAUUUUAAUUUAAUCGGGAUAUUGCUUUGAUAGCAAAUUAAUUAGUUGAACAAUUUAAUGUCUUGUGUUUUAUAACAAGUCUGCUCCCUCCGGCGUUCUGAUUAACACUGACAGAUUCGCAUUCGCUGUAGAGUGUACACGGAAUGCGCGAAUGAGAUGGAAUGAUAUAAAAUGUGCCAGAGUGAAAGAAAUGUGAUAUAUUUAUGGUUUUCAUGAGCAUCACAUUUUUUUAUGCAAUUAUUUAUGUUGAAAUUUUAGCAAAAUAUUUUCUGUUUUUCAACUUCUGCUGUAAAUGAGAUGUUUCGGUGAUACACAUUAUGUGAAGAAAAAUUGAGAAAAAGUACUUUUAAAUAUUUUUAAGUUGAAUAGUAGUGUAGGCUUUCCAUUAUGAUUACUUAUAACUGAGAGUCAAUUGGAACUUAAGUUGUGAUUUGAACUUGAUUAGCGUUGUAGGAUACUACUGGCUUAUAGCCGCUUUUGUAAGUUUGAUGUGUAAUUAAAUGUGAAAAUAUCGUGCCUCAAUGCAAACGCAAUAGACUGGUGUUAACAUUAAUAUUUAUUACUGUUGAUAGCAAUAAGGUUAUACCAAAGAACGCGACAUUUCUAUUUCGGUAAUAAGUUUGUGAUUAUUUUCAUAACACUUGGACGGAAAAUUAAAAGAGUUGGUUAAGAACAUCUGCCCCUCUAUUGGUAUACAUGUAGUAUAGGUAUGUAACAUAACUGCGUUGUCAUUGAUGUUACUAAAUACUUCCACUUACCACCACUACUUACCAGUGGGAGGCUCCUUUGCACAGGAUGCCGGCUAGAUUAUGGGUACCACAGCGGCGCUUUUUCUGCCGUGAAGCAUUAUUGUGAGGGUGCCGUAGCUAAUGAAAUUACUGGGCAAAUAGAACUUAACAUCCUAUGUCUCAAGUGCCUAGCACAAUUGUAGUGCCGCUCAGAAUUUUUUGGUAUUUCAAGAAUCCUGACUGGCACUACAAUGUAAUGGGCAGGGCGUAUCAAUUAUCAUCAGCUGAACGUCCUGCUCGUUUCCUCCCUUAUUGUCAUAAAACAUGUCACUUUACACCUGCACCCCUUAAAACUACGUCACUAUAUAAUAUAUGUAUGUAUACUGACAGCUCGCCAUUUCAUUGCUUGUUUCACUCGAAAAUAGUUUGAGAACAGUGAACCCAGCUAGGUCAUUGGCCUAAGAAUACGUCAUACCUGGUAUUAUCUUUACCUAACAGCUGUUAGGGGAAGAUAAUACCAGGCGGAGUAUAUUAUUAUACCAAGUCUGCACCAAGUACUUGGAUUACAGGCCCCGAGUAAGUUGAACAUGUUCCUUACUAGCGUUGAUUCAUGCAGGCUUAGCGCGAGACGCGUCGUCGACACGCGUUUACGAGCAUUAUUUCGAUCGAUCUUCUUUAUUAUAAAACCCACUAAACUUCUUUUUUAACACCUGUUUAUUAAAAAGUCGUUAGCCUAUUAAAUUUUAACACGAUCACCAACUACUUACACAGUAGACAACAAUAACAUUUAAUACUAAAAUUUAACAUUUGACUUAAAAAUUUCAAAUUAUUCAGUAUUUAUUAAUAGGCAGAUUGAACUUAGAUAGAUUAGAUUAUUAUCCUUAUACGUCAACAUAGAGCCUCUUGCUGUUAGGCAAUGCAUGACACAAGGCCAGGUUUAUUACUUUGGUGUGCAUGACAGCUACGUCUUACACUCGCGAUACGUUAGUCACUUUGUUUUAGAGUGCUUGCGUUGCUGAAAAUACAGGCUAACAGUACGGCGCUAUUCAUUUGUGUUCACAUCUUUUAUAGAGUAUCUAGACCAGUGGUUCCCAACCUUUUCUUGGCCAUGGACCAUUUCGAUUUUUUUAUUGUUGCAUACAUUUUUUUUAUGUACAAGAAAAAUAAACUGAAUCAAUCCGAAAAUAAACUUUAAUCAAAAAGUAGAAUUAAAAAAUUGUAUUGCGGUUUGCAUUGUAUUCUUAUGGUAUCCAGGAAGAGUCAUCGAAGCUAACGCCAGACGGUGGUUGAUACCAUGCGUUGUUGUAGCCUUAGGAUUCUUCUGUUUUACUAACGUUGCCAGACCAGAGCGUGGUCCCAACAUUGCUGGCCAGAGCGCCAUCCGUACAGAAACCAACGAGUUUCUCCCAGCUAAUGUUAUGUUUCUGAAAAUAUUCCGAUAUCGUGUUCAUGACAAAGAUACCUUUUGAAGUUGUUUCCAGUUCUCGUGAAAUCAAUAAUACAUCACAAUGUGCAGCGUGCACAUAUUGAAAUUGGUUCUCGGUCCGCGGACCAUAGUCUGACUCCUGCGGACAACUGGUGGUCCGUGGACCACUGGUUGGGAACCACGGAACCAGAUUAAAUAAUUCAUUCGUCUAGAAUCUAGACGAAUAAAUUAUAUAAGCUAUUAUGAUUUAAUACCACAGAAGUGUCACAGAGUAAAUUAACACAAGAUUGCCUGUAAAAAGUGUUAGUCGUUUUUAUUUUUUCAAAAUAGAUCCGUUGAGAAUAAAUACUUUUUGAUGUCAGUUGUAUCACUACCACCGCUGCUGCCAUAAAUGGCGUAGGUACUGAGAGAGGGGAAACUCCCAAUGUUAUUUUUAAUUUUUGAUUUCUUAAUGAUUUCCUUGUUGUAGUAGUUAUGAGAUCGAAGCAACCAUAAGAAGAUCUGUAGGAGAACCAAUAUCGCCGACAUAGCUCAGACGGUUGCGAAACAUAAGUGGCAGUGGGCAGGGCACAUAGCUCGACGGACAGAUUGUCGUUGGGGCAGUAAAGAAUCCUAGAAUGCCUCGAAGGCGACCAAGUACCGGAAGACGUAGUGUAGGUAGGCCAUGCACGAGACGGACCGACGAUCUGGUCAAGAUCGCCGGAUUAAGUUGAAUGAGGGCAAUACAAUUUUGGGGGAGGCCCCUGUCCAGCAGUGGACGUCUUCCGGCUGAAAUGGAAAAAAUGGAAUGGAUGCCAAAAUCGGUGGACGAGUGGGGCUGUCCCACUGGGAUUUUCGCCAUCAUUGUUUUGAAGUUCAAUACUAUAGACUUUUGCCGUUAUUGCUUGACCAGAUCUGAGAAUGUUGUAGUGACGCAAUAACGACGUGACGUAAGUGUCCGCUUCAGGGCAUUUUGUUGCGUCGUUUGGAGUCGGCCAUUGCGAUGUUUACGAUUAUCAUAAAAUCGACUUUUCAUCGCACGUACGAAUUCGCCCCAAAAUUCCCUCAAGACCACUCGCCAAAAUAAAGUUAGACAUGCGACACCACCAAUGUAACAUUAUUUUCACACGUUAAAAACUCUCUAAGAAAAAAGUGAUUCGCUUGAUUGUUUGAAACGUGCAGUGAUUGAUAGAUGACGGCUAUAAUCUUGUAUAAAAUGGAGAUAGCCGAAAUCUACUACCUUGAAAGCAACUGUUCGCUUUCAUGUUCACCUAAUUGUUAUAGAGCGCCCAAUUAAAGGAGAAAUUUGUACAAUGUAUUCGAAAUUGCAAGAACACAAAUUUUUCUUUAGAAUUUUGAUAACUAUGCGAUGUUACAUACGCGCGGACGGUCGGCCGCUCGGUCAGCGUAGCACUGAACGCACUUAUUUGUUUGAUAAUUUGGAACGCGAUCAUGUUUUCAUUGUUAUUGACCGCUUGACCGACGUCAAGCGUAGCUACGACCGCAGCUAGCGACGCGUCACGCUGACGAGUCGAUCGUCGGUCGAGCUCGUCGGCCCGGCGUACGUACGCGUCGGUCCGCUGACGCGCUACGCCGAUAAAUGCCCCUAAGGUAACAGGUACAUAGUUAUUUAAUAACUUAGGGAACCUUGGUAAAAUCGGCCAUAAGGCAAAUGAUUCUUCUGAUGUUGAAAGAUGUUUGAGCGACAAUAGUAACUUAGCAACUGUUACGUUACACCUGUUCCACAGAAAACACUUCUUUAUACUUGUCAAAUUAGGUUUUAUUAGAUAUCUUUCACAGAAAUCAAGAGAAAUGUCUUCUCUGAAAAACCCUUACAUAUUUAUCAGCAAACAAGCCUGCAGGGUAUGUCUUUUUACAUCGCUUUUACUCUUAUAAUCUAGGAAAUAUUGAAUAUUCCUUUUCUUAUUAUCGUGCGCAAAGUUCGAUUUUGCGCAUGCAUUUGCGUUCACAUAGUACCACUUUCCCACACGUUGACACGAGCGUGCGGGAAUGUUUGAAAAUAAUUAUAGUGGUCGAACUUAAUAGGAAAAAUAGUAUACGAUACUUGUGCGCACGUAGGUGAACGACCUACUUUGCGCACUUGUAUCGUAAUAUACUAUUCUUUUUUGACUAUAGUUAUAAACAAUGGAGCAUGUCUUUCUAUUAUUAUAAUAUAUUAAGUGUACGUCUGGCACAAACUUAUUACUCUGUUUGACCAUAAUAUGCAUAGAUCAACACAAUACAUAUAGGUAAUAUUAAUUUAUAUUUAUUUUUAAGUAUUUAUAAAAUAGGAAGCAUAAUAUUUAGUUGUCCAUAUUUAUUAAUUCUGUUAGUAUUGUUCGCAGUCAUCGCUUCUUUUAUGUGUUUUUUUGUAAUGUAUUCGCCUGUAUGGAAUUUUGGCUGAUUAAUUGGUGGCGCUGUAGUCGAUAUUCGAUUUUUGUUUAAAUUAUUUUGUAUAUUAUUGGUAUUAAGCGAAGUUGAGUGAAAGCACUAGUUGCUAUAUGAAGUUGUACAAAUAAUCUACCGAGAAGGACCAGCGGGUCACUGCCAUGGAGUGCUGUAAAUAAGAAAGCUAUUAUUUAUGUCAUUUUAAGUGUAUAUUGAUAUAUUGUAGUAAUAAAGGAAUUGUAAAUUUGGAUCAAGACAUGGAAAGCGACAAAAAUCGAACCGGUUAAGGUUUAAGUACAUUGACAUUACUCAAAGGUAGAACACAUUUAGACCAAUUUUUGACGGUUUUUGUUUAUUAAGUUAAUUCUAAUGGAUUCGUUGAAACCGGAAGAUAAUAAUUUCCAACACCGAUGUUAUUUGUCAAAGCAGUUUGAAAAUUAGUAACGGUGUCGUGCGGUGUUACACGAACGUACGCGUUUACAGAAAGAAAACAAAUCCAAACAAAAUAAUAGAUACAAACCGAUCCUAACUGGUUAAAAUCGGUUAAUUUUAGUGAUAUACACUGACCACGUAUUGACCUCACGAGACGAGCGUAGGUAGGCAUUGGUUUGUAAGCUUGUCUCGUUUCGACUCUCGCGGUAUUAACCGGCUUUGGAUUAAAAAUCAUCCAAUUGACACAAACCGGUUUUACCGGUUUUUUUUUUAUCUAUAUUUUCGAAGAUAGAGAGAGACAUAUUUACAGAAAAUGGACGUAUUAAUAUUCCUACUACACUAAGGAAGUAUGUACGUUAGCUAUCAUCAAUUUAUAUAAACGCAAAUUGCUAUACUUUUACACAGUGAGAAAAUUUAUUUCUCUACUUGGAUGUUAAGAAAUAAUAUUCAAUCUACCUUCAUUUUAAGUUAUUUUUUUAAUAAAUCAUAUAACCUACUGUCGACAUAAAAUUCGAUUACUUACGAUUGUUCUAUAAAAUAUAUAAGGAUUUAUCAUUCGCCGACUGGUAGCGGAAGGAUAAAUGUGUGAAGACAAUGUAUAGUUACACAAACUUACCUGGCCCGGUGGCCAAAAGAGGUACUAACAACGCCAUUUUGAAAUGAAUGAUUCGGAAAUGAAAUUGAAUUAGAUAAUAAGUACUUUUCAAGAUUUGGAUCAAAAUGGUUUUUGUUACAUGCUAACCCACUUUAUUACAAAAUUCAUUUUUACCAGCGACAUCAAAUGCGAUGACAGCGACGCUCUCACCUGGCCAGAUAAGUUUGUACGGCUAUAAGCACACUUUAAGUCGUGUAUCAACUGUCACUGUCAGAAACAAAUCUGAACUGAAUAAAUGUCUUACAUAGCUGCCUUUAGACCAAGAAAUUUUAAUCAACUGUAGUUAAUGCGACAAUGUAUAUAGCAGUCGAAAAUUAUUAUGGUUUAAUUUGUGGCAUGUUCCAUAUUAUCCGUUUUUAUGUUACGUGUAUUCUGUAUAUCAAUGUAGAGCUGGUCAUUGAUUUUAAACCAUUAAUUUUAUUCACAAAGGUUUGUUUGUGAAAUGGAAAAUGAAGUGAUAAAUCCCGAUAUGUCCAAUUCUGGAAAGGAUUAUGGAAUAUGUAAUAAAUUUAUCGCUAAAUGUAGUCCGAACUGAAUAGGCUAUACCAAUAUUGGCCUCAGUGGUCCAUCCACCAUCUUGCUACACAUUUAAAUCGGACCAAAGCCGCAUUCUUAAGCUAAAGUUACACCAGUUAGUUAAUAGUGACUAUUACAUUAUAUCGACACUCACGAAGACGUUAAUUUUUGUAAAGAAUAGUCUUAUUCGAAAAACGUAUAGAUCAUCACGAGCAUCAACCAGGCAGAGUUUACUUCAGCUAAUACAGUAGUGGCUCCUCUCGUAUUGUAAAUUUUAUGCAAAUUCUUUUAUUCGUAGUACUCGACCUGUCUCCGUUUCAGUACACCUCCAAUCUAUAGAUCGUCCUCUGUGAACGGCUAGAUCUCUUGGCGUUGUUCUUCUACCGGAUUUAUCACGGGGAGUGUUCCGAAGAGCUCUUUCACCUCAUACCUGCCCCCGAAUACCACUUUCGCAUGACACGCCACAAAUAUGGAUAUAAUCCCUACUGAAUGUGUGGCGUUCCUCCACAGUGCGGUUUUUGUUCUUUGUAGUACGUGCAAGGAACUUUCUUCCACAUACUACAAAGAUGUGGAAUGAGCUUCCUUGUGCUGUGUUUAAACAUGGCUACCUUGAAAAAAAGCGAGUACGCCUUCCUUAAAGACCGGCAAGGAUCCUGUAAUUCCUCUGGUGUCUGGCAAGAGAAUGUGGGCGGCGGUGAUAACGUAACACCAGAUGACCCGUACGCUCGUUUGUCCUCCUUUUCCAUAAAAAAAGAACACCCAUAUUAGCAUUAUAAAUUUGUGCAGUAGCUUAAACCACCACCUUUAAUUUUACACACUUUAACCACCUUAGUGUGUUUAUAUUAAUGCACAAGUACACAAGUUCAUAGUUCUUCCACAAAACAAACUUUAUUCUCAUGGCAUUCCUUAAAGUGUGGCACAAACUAUGAAGCAUAUUUUAAUAAUCUUCGAGAAUUUGGUCAUAUUUUGUCUGAUUUGUGCCCAAAAAACUAGCAAUUAAAUGGCAUAAAGGCAUUUAUUUUCUCAAAAUUGAUUCCUUUAGAAUUCUUUUUGAUGUCAUUUCUUAUACUACUAGAUACUACUACCGCUUCGGAAACAAAGCUAAAUGUAUCGAUAUAUCACUUACUAACCCUUUAUGUUAACCGUGGGCUCCUAAUAUUUUUCACUGGUGUUCUCUUCAAGAUGUUCUGUGAUGUGUUGUCAGGUCUUCCUCAAAAGCACAGUACACUUUCCACCGGCAACUAGCCGUGGUAGCCCUCGUCAUUCAUUCAUUUGUUGUUCACAUUUUCGCCUUUACGGUUUGCAGAACCUCACGUUCUUCACUCCACUUCAUGGAUUUUCGUAAGUAAAAAUGUCCAUGAUUCAACCGUGUACGUAUGGACCGCGGUUAUUUGAUUGUUAUUUUUUAUGUCAAAAUUGUUCAAAUUUCCCACACGUAAUUUAAUAUAAAGUUCAGUCUCUUUCGUUAGAUCUACGAAAAAUAUGUCCGCUGACCGACACGGGCUCGCGCAGAAGACAGAAGGUAAUCUAUUUUUGGCGUCGCGAAAUUAGUUAAUAACACGCAUAGUCCUUUCACUUAGGACUUCAUUUGAAGAGCAAUGACUCCUUCCUAUUCAAAUCGGACUACAUAUUGCGAUAGCGUAAAAAACCCUGGAUAAUAUGACUUUAGCGAACUUUUUAAUUUAUGAAAUAAUAUGCUUUGAAUUAAAUAUGAAUUAUUAAUGAUUGUAUUUUAGGUGUUAAUUAUUUUUAAGAAGUGUAUAUCAAUGUAUUGUACUGUAUAUAAAGGAUGUGGAAAUUA